GUGUGCGCAUCGCCGCAUAAAGUUGAACACACCUCUCAAAAGACACCAACUAUGCUGACAGACAGGUAGAUGUGAGAAUUGACUGCAAAGGUGCCAUGUAUUUCACCUGAAACACGUCUGAAAAACAUUUGUUUGGAUAGAGCUAAAGUAGAGUCUUCUUUGCAAUCAUAAUGGAACCGAAAAAGAGAAUAUGGCCGAAGUUAAAUAUAAAGAUUGGAAAAAUGGGUCGUGGAAAGAAGAAAAAGACACCUCUGAAACACAGAAGGAGCAUGUCUGUACCUGAUCUUAGGUUUAAACCGGAAGAGAUGCUGGCUUUGGAUGGUUCCAGGCCACCUGAUCAAGACACCAUCUUGUUUGGAAGCCAAGCUGUUUUAGGUGACCCAGAUGAAACGGAGAGUGAUUCUUCCAGUCUUGUUUUUUCUGACUAUAUACCAUACUCGAACAGCCCAGCACCAUCAGAGAGAUCAUGUGGACCUGUGGACUUUCCAGUUUCAGUGGAGACCACGGCCGAUAAAAAGCCAAGAGCCACUACUUGGUAUAUAAGUGAUUCAGAUACAGACAGGAUGUCACCGGCUCUGAUACGAAAAGACCCAGUAGACAAAGUGACUUCAGCUCUCAUUAGAGCCAGUGCAGGUAGACAAACGCCUUUGGAGAGUGAAAUGUCUUCGACGGCCAUGGCAGAGUCAGUCGGCACUUGCGAGGAUCAAAUACGCUCAUCUUGUUCGGGUGAACAAGAGCCAUCUUCCCCACUGAGAAUGUUUGUCAUAGGAUCUGCUGAGAACAGGACAGAUGACUAUCACAAUGAAUCAAGUGAUUAUGACACUGUCUUCCUACCAGAUCAAGAUGAACAAAAAAACCCACCAGGCUUGUAUGACAGCCAGAUUCUUCAUCCACAGCAGAAGGUUCAGUAUCUGCUCACUAUCAACCUGAAGGAGGGCAGAAACCUGGUAGUCAGAGAUCGCUCAGGUACAAGUGACCCAUUUGUCAAAUUCAAACUGGAUGGCAAAAACAUCUACAAAAGCAAAGUUGUGAACAAGAAUCUGAAUCCCACCUGGAAUGAAUCAUUUUCCACUGCCAUCAGAGACUUAGAUCAGACUGUUGAUGUCAAGGUAUAUGAUCGUGAUCUACGAUCCAAUGACUUCAUGGGAUCCAGCAGCUUUCCUCUCUCUAAACUGGUUCUGGACAAAACAUUUCAGUUGACACUGAAUUUGGAGGAUCCCAGCAGUGCGGAGGACGAUAUGGGAGUGAUCAUUAUAGAGGCCCGUCUGUCCAUCCGAGAGGAAAAACGAAAUAAGUGGCUACCAAAGAGAAAGGGAAGUUUCAAUAAGGGUCAGCCAAUCAGCCAGGCGCAGGUUGCGCGACUCUCGGGUGGACAAAAGAGUCAGGUCUGGACCGGAGUUUACUCUGUCAUCCUGGUUGAAGGCCAAGAUAUGCCAGACUCCGGUCAAGGAGACAUCUACGUGCGUUUCAGAAUCGGAGACCAAAGGGUUAAGAGCAAGAAUCUAUGUAUUAAGGCAAACCCCCAAUGGAGAGAGUCUUUCGAUUUUAACCAGUUCCAGGAUCAGCAGGACAAUCUGGUGGUUGAGGUUUGUUGCAAGAGGGGCAGGAAGUCAGAAGAGUGCUGGGGAGUGCUGGACAUUGACCUGAGCACGCUUCUUGUCAAUCAGAGGCAGUUAUAUACUCAUGAUCUGGACACAGGCAAGGGCCGACUGAUGUUCCUGGUCACACUAACGCCCUGUUCUGGUGCAUCCAUCUCAGACGUGCAAGCUGCUCCAUUAGAGACACCAGAAACCUACAAGAAGAUGCUAGAGCAAUAUAGUUUGAUAAACUCUCGGGGAGAUUUAAAGGAUGUUGGCUAUCUUCAAGUCAAGUUAAUAAAAGCCACAGAUCUUCCAUCAGCAGAUUUAAGUGGUAAAAGUGACCCCUUCUGUGUUCUUGAGCUUGGUAACAGCAAACUGCAAACCCACACAAUAUCCAAAACAAUCAAUCCCGAAUGGAGAACAGCCCUUACAUUCCCCAUUAAAGACAUCCAUGAUGUUUUGGAACUAACAGUCUAUCAUGAAGAUGGGGACAAAGCUCCAGACUUCCUAGGAAAAGUUGCCAUUCCUUUGCUAAGUGUUUCUAAUGGCCAGCAAAUCACAAAAAUGCUGAAGAAUAAUAAUCUAUCUAGGGCAGCCAAAGGAAGUAUCACACUGGAGCUACACGUGAUCUAUAACCCUAUCAGAGCAGGUGUUAAAACCUUCCAACCUAAAGAAACAAAGUUCGCAGAGGACAACCCAAAGUUUAACAAAAAGCUUUUAGCACGUAAUAUCUAUCGAGUGAGGAAGAUCAGCACGGCCAUUCUCUAUACGCUGCAGUAUAUUAACAGCUGCUUUCAUUGGGAGAACACGCAGAGGAGUAUUACAGCCUUCCUGAUAUUUGUGGUGACAGUGUGGCUUUGGGAGCUGUUCAUGUUGCCUCUCUUCCUCUUCCUGCUCAUUGGCUGGAACUACUUUCACAUCACACCAGGCAUGGCCAGCUACAGUCAGGACUUGGAGAGCAUUUCUGUGGUAGAUGACGAAGACGACGACGAAAAGGAAUCAGAGAAAAGAGGACUGAUGGAAAAAAUUCACAUGGUUCAAGAAAUUGUGCUAACAGUUCAAAACACUUUAGAUGAAGUGGCCUGCAUUGGUGAAAGAGUAAAAAACACGUUCAACUGGUCUGUACGGUUCUUGUCUUUCCUGGCCUGCCUGGUUCUGUUUCUGGCUACUGUUGCUUUGUACUUCAUCCCGCUGCGGUACCUAGUUUUACUCUGGGGUGUUAACAAAUUUACCAAGAAGCUUCGCAACCCAUAUGCCAUUGACAAUAAUGAAAUACUGGAUUUUCUCAAGAGGGUCCCUUCUGAUGUUCAAAAGGUGCAGUACAGCGAGCUGAGAGUCGAGCUCGGCAACCAGGGCCCGGCGAAAAAGAAACGCUUGCGCUGAAACCCGACGGACGUGUCGGAUGAAAGGAGCGGACGACGUUUCAAGACACGGUCUGUUUAAGUCAUAAUGCCCUGUGAGAGUGGAACUUGCCCUUGUAUGAAGCCAUCCGCGUUUCCACAAAGGUGUAUUCAUUUGACUUUGUGGUUGUGUAUGUGUGUGUAUAUAUUUGUGUGUGUGUGUAUAUAUCUGUGUGUGUGAGAGAGAGAGGCCCCUUUUGACAGGGCCUUUGGCCCUCAGUUACUCAAAUGGUCACAGUGUCUGAACAUAUGAUGGUAAAGUCGGGCUACGCCAGACUCCGCAUGUGGUCACGCUGAAAUACCAGCAAACAAAUGACUUGUGCCAUACUAUUCAUAUAUUAAUGUCUUUUUACAGACCACAUUCUGGUUCAUUUAACAAAAGAAAAUAAUAGCACCAUGAUUCCUGUACUUUGUGACUGUCUACAGCAGAAUAUUCAAAUGAGGGUAAAAUAUUUAUGUAAUAGUUCUGUAUUCAAGCAACUUUAGAUCAUUUAUUAUUGUAAAUGCAUUGUGAUUGCCACGAUUUUUAACUU